AUGGAUACCGCAUAUUCGACAGAAAUAAUUAACAAGUUUAAUAAUAUGAACCUGCGUCCAAAAACAACUCGUAACGAACCUGAGUAUGGAAAGUUGACUCCGGAACAAAUACUGGAUAUUCACAGACCCGUUGAGGGCAGACCUAAAACGUCUUUCAUUCCGGCGAUAUGUAAUUUUCAAACAGCUAGAAAAAUGGCACAAGAAAAUCUUGAACACCAGCCUUUACCGGAUGCUGUCAUGGAUAUUGCAUUCAGAAAAGCGCAGGUUGCAGGAUCAGCUAAUCCUGGAGCAGCGUUAGAAGUCGGCCCGUAUGCCACAGGGGUCGGUUGUAAAAAUUACAAGGCAGGGCCAACCAAAUGUACCAAAUACAGAGUAUACCGGCCAAAAACUUGUGGAGUUAUCCCAAAACCGCUUAGCGCAUCUGGCAUGAAUGAACGAACUCCGAACUUCAAGAAACGGGAGAAAGUUGGUGCAAUGGACUUGGCAAUUGGGUGGGAUUAUCGUACUAAGCGUGAACCACGACGCGCGAUCUACAUGGAUGGAUCGAAACCAUCGGUGGCGCCACCUAUCUUCGAGGUUGUUGAACCGCCAAAGGAAUUGAAUCUACCCAACGUAGUACAUUCUGGUGGAGUAUUUUCAAAUACUCUGGGAGAGGAAGAUUUUUUCGACCGUGAUAUCAUUCGGCAGCAUGAUGAGUAUACAAAAAAUUAUAAUUUGUCCAACCGGUGUAAAUGUAAUGGCAGUGCUAAUUCCAAAAAGUCUAACAAAUCAGCAAAAUCUGAACGCCUUGAACGAUCAAAGAAUGGAAAUGGCAACGAUGAAUUCAAUCCAACGGAUGCAGCUGAACUUCCUGAUUUGGCUCAGCAACGGCCUAAGGGUUCACCGAACAUGACUCAUCUGGCAGAUCAGGAAAUACGAUCACAAAGCUCCAGGCAAAGAACUCCUACUGAUAAACAUAAGGAUAAUAAAAUACCACGUUUGUGCCAUAAUGCUGCAUCGGAUGAAGUAACCUAUAAGGUGCAACAUGAGUUUAGAUGUGCUUUUAAAGCCGGUAUUCCGCAGAGUAACUCGUCCGGAACGGUUGCCAGCUUUGAUAGUGGAAUUUCAAAUUGUUCGCAGAAGAAUGAACCGAAAAAAUUGACCAUUCCCAAGCCACGUGAUCCAUACAGCAAGAAGAACUACAUUAUAGAUACCCUAGCACCACCUUUUGCGUUCUGGAAAAAGGGUUCAGGAUAUCCUGAUUACUGGCGUUUGGUGAGCGUCUACCAACAUGCUUAUAAGCCAGCUGAGAAGCGAAAAUACCCCCUGCUGAAAACGGUUUAUCAGUAGAACUGUUCACUGGUUAGUAAAUUAAUGAAACAAAUAGUGAAAUCUGAACACUAAUAUCAACCGGUGGAAACUAACGAUAUUAAAUUGACUCACUACUUGACUAGCCUAUUGGUUCCAAGCAAAUUGAUUAACGUACCCCAUUCUAGUCAAAAUUCUAGUCUUACACUAUGUUUGUUUUGAUUCA